GUUGCCACGGUUACCGCUGGCCUUGGUCUCAGCCGGUGUUGGCGGACAGCGAACUCCCAGUGAGGAUCCGGGCCGGAGGGAUGUCGCGGAUUCGGCAAGUGGACAUGAGCUGCAAGCAGCAACAGCUGCUGGCUGACCCUCUGUGCAGAGUCACCAAGCGAUUCAACAGACAUGAAGUGCUGUGUUUAAUGGAAGUCUUCAGUACUCUUGCUGACACUUUUCCUGAGCAAUAUAUUUCAGUUGGACUCGAUCGAAACAAAUUUAGAAAUGUUCUGCAUGUCACAUUUGGAAUGACUGAUGAUAUGAUCAUGGACAGAGUUUUUCGUGCAUUUGACAAAGACAAUGAUAGCUAUGUCAACAUGAAAGAGUGGAUUGAAGGACUGUCAAUAUUUCUCCGAGGGACUUUGGAUGAAAAGAUAAAAUUUUGUUUUGACGUUUUUGAUUUAAAUGGAGAUGGGUUCAUUUCACGAGAAGAGAUGUUUCACAUGCUCAAAACCAGCCUGGUCAAGCAACCAACAGAAGAAGAUCCUGAUGAAGGAGUAAAAGACUUAGUAGAGAUUGCACUGAAAAAACUGGACUAUGAUCAUGAUAACAAAGUUUCGUAUGCAGACUUUGAGAAGGCAGUCAAAGAUGAAAACCUCUUACUAGAAGCUUUUGGACCCUGUCUCCCAGAUCCAAAGAGUGCACUCGAUUUUGAGAAACAGUCCUUUAAGAAAUCCAAGGAUGACUAAUUGAUAUUGAUCCUUCUUCAGAUGUCUCCCACAUUGUGUUUCUGAUGGUUAAACGAACUCACCAUUCAUUACCAGUUGUUCAAGCACAAAGUAAUGUGAUGGACUGGACUUUGUAAAAUUGGUUAAGUGAUUUUCUCUACUUAUCAGCUGUGUAAGAUAUUCUUCCUGUCAUAACUGACAUGAUGAGCUGUCACCUUUACAUUAAUUAGAUAAAUGAAUGGUACAGAAAUAUGAAUAACCCCCAGUAAACAACUUCACAAAUCUAUCUGUAUGAUUAGGUUAGAAACAAGUGCUGAAGAUCACAAAAUAAAUUUGUGCUGCUGGUUAUUAAUUUUUUUUACUCUUAAAAAAUACUGAUGAAGUAAAAUUCAAAGGUCUGUGAUGGGAAGGACCAAUUUAGAAACAGUUUCAAAGAUAUUGUACAAUACUUGUAGGGCAUUCAUGAUUGCUUGAGAUUAUUUUACAAUUAAAAGAUAGAAAUGUUUUUAUACACUUAAUGAAAGAUACAUUUAUAACUGUUUAAAAUUAGUUGUGUAAUGCAACACAACUUUGUAUACUUUCCCUAAUGAGUUUGCUUAAAUUGUAUGUAUAAUGUAAUAAUGUCAACUCAGUACAUCAUGAACAUUUCUGUUAAAUUAGUAAUUAACUUUAUUUUGUUGCCAUGGAUAAAAAUGCUUUUAAAGUAACUUUCAAUAGAAAUGAAAGCAGACUGCUGAAUUGUUCACAAGUGACCAAUUUCACCCUUUUUCCUUGCUUCUGUCUCUAAUCCAAAGGGCAUUUUAAUGGGUUAUUUUUGCAAUACAGUAAGGUUCCAGUUAAUUGGGACACAUAAGGACCAGCACAUUUUGGCUCAAUUCAGCUGCUGCCUCAUGAUCUGAACUUUCAUGGAAAUAGUUUAAAAGGUAUAAAGAAGACAAAUUAUUAACUGAGUAAUAAAUUAUGUAUUUAAGUACGUAACAAAUUAUAACACCACCAAUAGUACUACAGUACUAUAAAACUACUGUGUUCAUUUGUUUGACUGUAAAUGCUGCUGCUGGUUUCUUUUGAUUGACUGUAAAUGAACAAGAUCAGCACAGACACCUAGUGCAGAUAAUAGACUGCAUUCAUACAAUGACUUUGUUGAUUGCUUUCUCCAAACUUUCAUUUUCAUUGUAACAUUCAAGAUAAUUGCUGAUACUUUCAAAUUCUUCAUAGUUCCUAACUUGUUGAAGUAAUGAAAUAGUUUCAUUUUCACUUCUGACCGUUUCUGUCAUCUCCAAGCCUCAAUGCUUAAAACUGCAGUGAGCAAAACAGUUCUAAAUUGUCUUGCCGCUUAUUUCUCACCAACUAUCAGUGACAACAAUCACUGCUUUUUGUAUGCAAAAACAUGCAUCUGACAUUAUUUAGCAGCUGUUCACUCUACGCAUAGUAUAGUGUCUAACACAAAUGCGCAACUGGUACUAGUUAGAACCUGUUUGGCAAGCUUCCUUCCCCAAUUAAGCAGCAUAAUGUCCCAAAUAAACAAAGAAAAUCCAGGCUAUCUUCUUGAUUAUUUUUGUUCUUUAGGAGUUGUCCCAAAUAAGCGGCUGAGCUGAUAAUUCGAUGGCCCAAUUAACCAGAAUCCAUUGUAAUUGUUUCCAUAAAUCAGUCCUAAAUUUAUCAGUGUAAUUCCCUUUAAAAUCUGAGUAAAAGUGGAAGAAGGAAAUAUAAAUUAAUACAUUAAUUUUAAGAUUUAGGUGAAAUCACUGCCUUUGUGAUGAUUUGGAAACUCUUUAAUCCUGGGUAAGUACAGCA